UUAAUUGCUGUAUUGGUUUUGUCGACUGCAGGAUGUCUUCCCUGGGAUUUUGGAUAUGGCUGCUAUGUUUAGGAUUUCUGUUGUGCAAUUGCCAUGGUAACGUUAAGACAGCUCUCAAGCCCGUGUUGGUGUUGAAGGGGGACCCGUAUUUGCUUGUUUUGUAUGACAUGCAUCGUGCAGUAGAUUCGGACGGAAAUUGUACAGAACUCAAUCCCCGGGCACUGGAGAUGCUGUGGUCACUUCGUUGGAUUGAUGGAGUCCUUCAAAGUAAACCUGAAAAAAAAGUUGGUCUUUUGGUAUAUGACGUGUGUGGUUCGCAGUCCAGAGCUAUCCAGGCCAUCAGUCGGUACCUCAACACAGACGUCUGCGGUAACGAUACCAGCUUAGCGGGCAUAAUUAGUUACACAUCCAAAGACAUUCGGGACACUAUCUCCAACCUGGUGGAACCAUUCGGAAUACUCCAUGCAAAGAUAUCAGUGGAUGAACACAUAUCGAGGGGGCAUGGCGCAGUCUUGGACAUUGCUACUCUCUCACCUUGGAAAAUACAGGCCGUGACGGUGAUGCUGCGUACUGCGGGCUGGACACGAGUUUCGACUUUGGCGGUAAACACACCAAGUGCGCGUGCAGAGCAGAAUCUAUUCCAGAGAAUGGCGCUUGAUCAACAGUUUUGUGUGACAGAGUCCAAUGUUUUCUAUAAUAUCUCCUCUAUAGAUUCCUUGACGUCGAAUGUCGUGGUGGUUUUCACGACAGGACAGUAUAACCUAAGUGAGAUUUUAUCGGAUAUGAAGCUUAAGGAAAAUUAUGUAUUUAUCAUUGUUGGCGAUACUAACAUUUUUACAGAAUCCGCCGCCAAUUUGAAUAAUGUGGUGUUCUUGAGAGAGAGCUUGCCACCAAAGGGCUAUAUGCUGAUUUAUCUGGCGAACAUGUUGAAUAACAUAGAAACCACGACUGAUCCAGUUUCAAGGAAAUAUCUGCAGUCGCUCCCAUUUUGUUCGCGAAAUAUUUCCACGGGCCAGACAACCUGUUCCGACGUAGUAAUGGACUAUCUUUCUCAGCGGAUGAAUGGUCGUGACAUGAUGGCAGUAUUUACAGCAUUCUUUAACCUGGAACGACUUAUUUUGCGUGCGGAGGCAUUCAACUGCACUGAUUUCAACUUCGUAAAAUGCAAUAAUUUCGUGCCGUAUGUUGCUCUCAGUAUCAACCAACCGAACAGCGGGUUUCCAUUUAACCUUAAUGAACUUACGAAGGGCUGGCUCGUGGACGAACCGACUGACGUCAUCGUCAUGUCUGCACAGAGUGACAACGUCACAGAGAUCGGACGAAUCAACAAAGAUGAUUACGUUUGGUCUUCUUCCACAGCAUGGCAGGAUUUUCAAAACAAAGUAAACAGAUCUAAUUGUGAAAACAGCGAAUGUAUUUCCUGCAAUGCAUGCGCACAUUCCGAGCGCAAUACGAAGACUGUGGCUUUCCUAGAGGGUGAACUAUAUCUAGGUGGCUUUAUUUCACUGCACACACCCUCUACAAAUGGCGACAGUUGUGGCAAACUUUCCUGGGAGGCAAUCCAACUGACAGAAACAUUUUUGUAUGCUGUUGAUACCGUGAAAUCCCGGAAUCUUCUAUCAAAUCUUCUUCCGAAUGUAAAGUUGGGCGCGUUCGUGAUGGACUCCUGUGGCAUAAGUGGAAAUAUAGACAAUAUCAUAGAACAGAAACUAGGAUGUCCCGCGGUAUUUCGAGAUAAACAUCAUGUAGAUCUGUCUGAUAUGUUGUCAUUUAUGGAAUUCAACAACGACCCAUUCAAUGCGAGAUCUGAAUUAAUUUCGGAGAAGCCUGUAGUACGCUUUUCAAGUCAGGGUGUCGGAAUGCAAGAUUUUAUGUUUAGUGAUGAUCUGCCAGAGAUUCUCUCCUUACUUACACAAAUGAACUGGACAUACAUCAGUGUGGUCAUAUCCGAACAGGUGGACAAAGAUGUUUCGGUGCAAAAUGUACUCCAGACAUUUAGGCAAAAAGGUGUAUGUGUAUCGCAAAUGAUUGUUUUCGAUCCGACGAAACCUGAUAUGAUAAAUGCGACAGCUGGUGUAUUUAGCUUGUCAAGGAAUACAGAUGCCGUUCUUCUUCUUACCUUACCUUUAGAUUCUGCAAAAAUAGUCGAAGUAGCUAGGGAUGCGUACAGUUUGAAUAUUUUAUUGCCAUCUUGGAGUUUGCCCGAAGAGUCGAAUUCAGAUCUUCCUGGAAUGGUUAUCGUGAAACCGAAAUUUACAACGAAUUUGCAUUUUCAUUCUCAUUUGAGAAAGAUCGAAGCGAUGAAGCAUUUCCGGAACCCAUUUCUCGGAAUUUACCACGAAAGUCGCCACCACUGCCACUACCACAGUGGGUCAGCCGACAUGCUCUACCCGGAACAGUGCAAAAACAAUGCGACAUUAGAUGGACAAAAUUCUACACUUGUCAAUCGCGUCAUCCACACAGUAGACCUACUGGUCAAGGCUAUUGACAGCUUAUACAAGGAAAUUUGUCCUCUUCAUUCAGGAUUAUGUCAGGAGUGGAGAGAUAAUCCUGAUAUCCAGUCGCGGAUCAAGUCCCAAAUUUUGUCUGUGGAAGUGAUGGACGGAGGGGAUGUGUUACGGUUCAAUAAUGACGGCGUGCUGAAGUUACCACACGAUGUCCUGAAUGUUCGGUUGCAAGACUCUUUAGAUACAACGAGAAUCAAGAUUGGACAAUUUGUGAACAGUGUUCUGACGAUCGACAACAACUCGGUGAUGACAUACGAUCAGUCUGGUAUUCCACUUGUUGUACCGCAUCACUGCAGUAGUUGGUGUCCAGAGUGUAACAUCUGCCCUUCACCUCCUAGUAUGGCAUCACGUGACCACGUCUAUAUUCCAGGUGACUUAGUUUUCGCGUCCGUUUUUCCAAUACACAACAGAGGCACUACUCCUUUCACUUGUGGGGAACUGACAAUUGCCUUGGAAACUGAGGAACUCGUAGACGCUUUUUUGUUUGCUGUAGGUACUGCUAAGGAACGGUAUUCUUAUCUGUUUCCAAACAUUACCAUCGGGUCACUGAUCAUAGACUCGUGUUCAGAUGCAGACGAUACCAUGAAAACUUUGAUGAAUUUUGAAACGUGUUCAACGACGUUCUCGAGCGCUAAGAAUCCUGCUUUGUCCCCAAGCCCUGCACAAGUUUCUAGUUACCUCCUAUUCGGUGAUCCAAAUAUGACGGUCUCGACAAGAGCACUUGUUGAUAGAGUUGGAAAACUGGGAUUAUCUGUUGGAAGUGAGCAAUCGGUAUUGAACGAUCCGUUAUCAAAACAGGUCAUCAUGUUAAAUCCUUCGGAAACGGUCUAUGCUAUCAUAGAACUUCUUCUUAAAAUGGAUUGGACUUACGUGUCGUUCGUCAAUUCUAGAUCAGAAAAGUACAAGGCAGCUUUAAAAACAUUCAUGACACACUCCAAGAAUUACAACAUCUGUGUUUCGUUUAAUCAUUCCAUUGAAGCAGGUGAUAUUUCAUCAACUAUGGAUGUGAUAAAUUUGAUUGGUAAAACUGCAGCAAACACCGUAAUUAUUCUAGCUACUGAAAUAGAUGCUAGGUUUUUGUUGGCGGAGUUAGCAUCCAGACGUGUCUCUAAGAACUUCAUCAUCGGAGACAUUGCUCAGGACUGGGAUAAUGUCAAGGAUAUUUCGAUUCCUCUUGGUACCAUUGUUUUAGAUAAAGCAUGGAAGAUAAAUGAAGACUUUUACAACUACUUUGUUGAUCCCAUUCAUACUGUCAACAGUACACUUGGAAAUCCUUGGUUCACGGAAUUUAUCAAAGGCAGACAACUCUGUAGAAGCGCCGGAAACAUCAAUUGCAAGUCUUCGUCGAACAUAUUACUAGAAGCCUCUAAGAUAGUAUUGGGGGUAGACGUCUUGAUGCAUAUGUUGAAUCACCGAUAUAUGAAACUGUGUCCGACGAGUGAUGGCUUGUGUUCUGCAAUGCAGAAUGAAGCAGGUAGUCUGAUGGACACUGCUGAGAACGUCUCCUUCAUUUACCAAGGGAACGUCUCUAUCCAGGUUCCUUUUGCCGCCACCUCCUCUGGCACCUACCUCAUCAGUAGCUUCUUGCAAAGUGGAUUCAAAAAGAUUGGUAUGUGGCGUGUCGGAGCGUUGAGCCUCGAUGCUACCAGCGUUAAGGCUUACGACAGUAACGGGAUGGCAUACACAUCGGUCCGCGAGUCACGCUGUUACCAGAAAUGUGUAUGUGUUAACUUUGCCUCGGAAAACAUCACGGACGAGGAAGACAAACUUGACUCGUUUUCAGACCUGUUAUUUUACGACACUUCGGCGGAAUUCGACAACAUGCUUUGGGCUGUAAUGGUUCUUAUUGUUUCACUGGGAGGCGCGUUUGUCGUACUGAUGUUUAUGUUUUAUGUCAUAUACAAAGUGUGUAUAGGGUUCUUGUAUAGACGGUAUAUCGGCCUUGGUAUGCUGAUGUUGCUCUCUGUGAUAUUUCUCUAUUUGGCAGUAGUUCCGUUCGUUUUUACUCCGAGUGACAGAGUGUGUGCAUGUAGGAGAUUUAUACCAGGUCUGGCAUAUGCGUUCUUGUUUGCGACGAUUCUCGCGAAAUUAAUGGCACUCAGAGCAUACAAGCUUAUCGGUCUUGGAGGAGAACUCUCCAGUAUUAAUCAGUUCCUUGCCAUAAUUUUUAUAACGGGAAUACAAAUAGCCUUAGGAGUGCAGUGGCUAGUGUACGAGAACAAUUUCGUUAUUACUAGGGGCGAUACAGUUAUGCAAUAUGCAUGUAUAUUCGACAAGUUUGAUUUUGUUAAAUACCUCUCAUAUGUAAUGUUUAUAAUAAUACUGUGUGCUGUUUAUUCUUUAACCGUGAGAAAUGAAAAGAAGAAUUUGGGUGAGGCUCGACUGAUCCUUAUAGCGAGCUGGAUCACCAUCUUUGUAUGGAUAGCUUGGCUUGUCGUCAUCUACGUCGAACCACGUGACUACGUGGAACCUACCAUAUGUAUCGGGAUGAUUGCGUGCGCAACUGUAAUUCUAAUGGUGGUUUUCGUACCUAAACUUUACAGAAUCACUAAUCUCAAAUACGAUAUCAAAGACUCCGGUAUGGAAAAUGGAGGACUUGGUAAAGUAGACGCCGAAUUCAUUUUUGAGAGACCAUUUACACUUCCGGCGUCGUCGACGUCAGAAGCAACUUCAUUUAAGUACUCGGACAAAACAAAUCCAAAGAGCAUUUCUACUUUUGAUACUACGAUGAGCUACUGAGGUCAAGCUUCAAAAGAACCAUAAAAUAAGUGUUAAGACGACACCAGAUAAAUUAAUAUGGUCUAGCCACAAUGUCACCUGUCCAGAACGUUUAAAGUUAAAGCAUGGUGUUACUACGCAUGUUCAUUUCUAUGGUUCAAAAAGAGCGGAAACUGUUGACAACCAUUGUUGAAACAUGUUGUUAUUUUUCUGAUGUUUUAUGCUCCUGGGCAUGUAGUCGCCGCCUUGUCUGUCCGUCUUUGCAGAGCAUAACUUUGCCCACAGUUAAGCAAGGAUAAUGAAAUUUGGUAUAUACAUUGAUCAUAUUAGGUUGUUUAAUUCAGGAUUCGCAGCCUAUUAACUAAAAAGUAAUUGGCCUUGGUUAAAAUUUUGCGUCUAUAGCAUAACUUGAAAUUACUUGAAUUUUGGUGAGUACUUUGAUCGUACUUAAGCAAUGAGCAGUGAUUCAAUGUUAUGGCCCGCAACCCCUUAAUUUUGUAAGUUAUUGUCCUUUGUUGAAAUUUUGUGUCUGGACCAUUACUUUGCCAGCAUUUAAACUAUGAUAUUGAAUCGUGAAAUAUACAUUAGUCAUACAAAAACAAGGUGCAGAAGAGCAAAGUUUGGUCCCAUGACCCAACAGAGUUAUUGCCCUUUGUUACAAUCUUGUGUCAUGAGCAUAGCUUUGCUUGCAUUAAAACUAGGAUCAGGAAGCUUGAUGCAUACAUUGGUCAUAUCAAGAGAACGUGAAGCAUGCCAAAUUCAGGGCCAACAACCCUUUGCUUACAGAGUUAUGGGCCUUUUGGUAAAAUUUUGUGCCCAAUAAAGUCGUUUUGGGGGAGCAUUCAUGAGUUUCGCUAAUACUCAUGUUUCAUUUUAUGUACUGUGUUUUUAUAACGAAUCAGUGCAUACAGACUAUAACAUAUGUAUAUUGAAUUGUAUUUCACUGAUUGUAUUAAAAUUAAUUGUUUAUUCAAACGUGUAUGCCACAGGUGCCAAGCUCUGAAUUAUAAACACUGACGCCCAUCACUUAAUAAUGCAUUAAGAUAUGUUAAUUUCAAUAUAGGCCAUAAGACGAAGCAUGUUAAUGAAGACUGUUGUCAAUUAAUCAAUUUCUUCAUUAGUAGAAUAUUUUUUCACAUUCCCUGUUAUGUACAUAUAUAUAAAUACCAGUCUAGCACAUUACCUUGUCUGCAAGAAUAAUUAUAAUAAGGAACGCAUGCUUUCAUUGAAUCUUGUUUGGAAUAUUACAUUUUACGAUUCUAAUAUAUUGCUAUGAUUAUGGAGAAUCAUAACAUUGUCUUAAGCAUGAAAUAUCUACCGAUUUAUUUUUGAUCCUGUUUCAUAUUCUUAAUAUAUAAUACUAUUCACUACCAUUUCAAUCGAUAUUAUUAACACAUGGUUACCGUGAUAAAAUAAGGUCUAAUCAUGACAACAAUCUUCGUUGCUGUGUCUAUUGCAUCAAUAGGUAAACGUCGAAGAAGAUGAAGUCUUCUUCGGGAUUACCAGUGAUAGAAAGAAGGACACUUUAUCUUGUGUAUAA